UGUCCGGAAUCAGCCAUGAUACAGGGCCAGUGGCGGGCGAGACAGACGCAGCCUGGAGACAGACGGACGCACACUCUCGCCCUCAUGGACCGAACGCUGUGUGACUGUGUGACGGCCUCGGCCCUGCUACUGCUGCUCGCUGUGGCCUCACAGGUUUUGUGUCAGAUGUGUGAUCGGCCGUGCCUCUGCCCCAGUCCCGCCCCCCAGUGUCCCCCCGGAGUCCCCCUGGUGCUGGACAGCUGCCGGUGUUGCCAGGUGUGUGCGCGACAGCGGGGCCAGUCAUGCACCGAGAAGUUCCCGUGCGACGGUCAGCGAGGGCUUACAUGUGACUACAGCGUUAGCUUCCCCGGAGGCCCCGGAGAGUGUGUCGCUCAGGAGGAUCUGACGUGCGAAGUCAACGGCAUCAGCUACCACGACGGCCAGUCCUUUCAGCCCUCGUGCGAUGUCCACUGCCACUGCAGAGGCGGCGGCGUGAGCUGCGUGCCUGCUUGUCCGCUGACUUUCCGCCUCCCCACUGCGGACUGCCCUCAUCCGCAACAUGUCCGGCUACCGGGGAAGUGCUGCAAGGAAUGGGUCUGUGAGAACCUGGACAACUCUGUGCUUCAAGACGCCAUCUUAGCCAUGAGAGCAAACUCUCUCCAGCCACCAGCCCCGCUGCCAGCUGCCUCCGUCUGCACGGAGCAGAGCACCCAAUGGAGCGCCUGUUCCCAGAGCUGCGGGGCCGGAAUCUCCACACGGGUCUCCAACCGCAAUCCAGCCUGCAAGCUCCAAAUGGAGACUCGUCUUUGUAAAGUGCGACCGUGCCAUGCGCAACUACCCAUGCCAAGCAGACCCAUGCAGGGUCAGUGCACGGCCAGCUACACGUCACCCGGACCCGUGCGGCUGGUUCACCACGGCUGCAGCAGCACGCGCGCCUUCCGUCUGCGCUACUGCGGCAGCUGCGGCGACUCUCGCUGCUGCACGCCGUUCCACACCUCCACCAUCGACGUGGCCUUCCGCUGCCCCUCUGGAAAGCUACGACAGCGAGCGGUGAUGGUGAUUCACUCGUGCGUCUGCCACAGCAACUGCCCCUACGUGCCAUUUACUAACCCGGCUCUUCGGGGACACAGACCCUGACGAGUCGCCAUGAUAAUGCCACACUUGGAACUGGUGGGCUGAAUUUGGAAGCUGGGUUCACUAAGGCCAGCACGGAUCCAUCGUCAGCCUUGAAAAAGACAAUGACUAUUGUCAAUAACAAAGCCGUUUAUUUCUGCACAGAUGCUUACCAUUGCGUGCGCUGGGAAGGAAUUAUGUUACAAAGGAUAAGAUGUAUACUACAGUGUUGCCUUGAGAUACGAGUGACAAGUUUUUCAAGAUACAAGUGCGUCAACUAAAAGAUACGAGCACUCACAGUUGAGGUUUCCUCUCAAAUGAAACAUAAAACAAAUUGAAUUACACUUUGUGUACUUAAAACAAGCAAAAAAAACCUGACAAACGUAAGGCUUAGCUUAAUGCUAACAUAAAAUGGAAGAUGGCAUUGACCUGCUAACGAUUAGCAUCAUAGUCGCGGUUUUAGAGCCAACGGAUAUUUGAACUCAAAUGGUGGAGCAACACAUGUAGGGACAAUAUCACUAUACUCACAGGCAUAUAUUCUUGAACCUCUGCGGAAAAAAAAGAUUAAUAUUAUUGCAGCUUACUGAGUCACUGAGAAUAGUGACCAUCUGAAUACAGACAAACGAAGAAGAGCCACUCGCUUCUUCCAUUGUCUCUAUGACUCUACUGCCCCCAGUGGCGAAGGCAGGCACACCAGAAGGAGCAGCACAAUGAACUGAAUUGAAGCAUUAAAUCAUGAUGCACAAACUUUUUAAUUAUUUUACAUUCUAUUUAAUGUUACUACUUAUUAUUAUUAGUAUUAUUAUUAUUAUUAUUAUUACUGUUAUUGUUUUAAUAAAAUACAAUAUUAUAGAG